AUGGGCGCCUAUCUCUAUGGGCGCCUAUCUCUAUGGGUGCCUAUCUCUUUGGGCGCCUAUCUCUAUGGGCGCCUAUCUCUAGGGGCGCCUAUCUUUAUGGGCGCCUAUCUCUAUGGGCGCCUAUCUCUAUGGGCGCCUAUCUCUAGGGGCGCCUAUCUCUAUGGGCGCCUAUCUUUAGCGGCGCCUAUCUCUAGGGGCGCUUAUCUCUAUGUGCACCUUUCUCUAUGGGCGCCUCUCUUUAGGGGCGCCAAUCUCCAGAGGCGCCUAUCUCUUUGGGCGCCAAUCUCUAUGGGCGCCUAUCUCUAUGGGCGCCUAUCUCUAGUGGCGCCUAUCUCUAUGGGCGCCCAUCUCUAUGGGCGCAUAUCUCUAUGGGCGCCUUUCUCUACGGGCGCCUAUCUCUAUGGGCGCCUAUCUCUAGGGGCGCCUAUCUCUAGUGGUGCCUAUCUCUAUGGGCGCCUAUCUCUAGGGGCGCCUAUCUCUAUGGGCGCCUUUCUCUUUGGGCGCCUAUCUCUAUGGGCGCCUAUCUCUAUGGUGGCGCCUAUCUCUAUGGGCGCCUAUCUCUAUGGGCGCCUAUCUCUAUGGGCGCCUACCUCUAGGGGCGCCUAUCUCUAUGGGCGUCUAUCUCUAUGGGCGCCUAUCUCUAUGGGCGCCUAUCUCUAUGGGCGCCUAUCUCUAUGGGCGCCUAUCUCUAUGGGCGCCUAUCUCUAUGGGCGCCUAUCUCUAGGGGCGCCUAUCUCUAUGGGCGCCUAUCUCUAUGGGCGCCUAUCUCUAGGGGCGCCUACCUCUAGGGGCACCUAUCUCUAG